AUUACAUCGAUGAUUGAAUAACUGACAAGGUGACAAGUGUAUAUACAGAUCCAGAUAUGACGAACAUACACACAGUAAACAGUAUGAUCAGCAACAGAAACCGCGACUGUUUCGAAUGCAGAUUGCUGAGCGGUUGCGGCCUCGUCGCUGCUGGUUUAUACGUCUGUCAUCACUCCAAACAAUACCAGAAGCAAGUAGGAAAAGCAGCAAUGUAUUCGGUUGCCUCUGUGUUAGUACUCCUUGGUACAGCCAGGAUUUUUGAUUUGCCACCCUUCCAUAAUAAAUUUAAACGCAGCUGAGAAAUAACUUAUUUAAACAAGCAUAAAUU